AUGUCUCCAUCAGCUACAGAGGCCGCGGCGGCCAAGGUUAAGGAAAUCCAGGCCAAGGUAUUGCCCGCGAAUGAAUCUCAACCUGCGUCCGACCUGGCGUCUCAAGAUGAGGUGUUGCCCGAGGUCCGUACAGGACACAAGGAGCCGCUCAAGCCGUCCGGCGUUCUGGACCAGUUCGAGCACUUUGACGUGACGCCUAUCAUCGGCCGCGAGUAUCCGACAGUGGACCUCGAGGAGCUCAUGAGAGCCCCAAACUCUGACGAACUGAUUCGCGACCUGGCAAUCACAAUCUCACAACGCGGCGUCGUCUUCUUCCGCAAGCAGGACAACAUCGACAACGCCCUGCAGAAGGAGCUCGUCCAGCGACUCGGCGAGCUUUCGGGGAAGCCGUCGACCUCGAAGCUCCACAUACACCCCCUCAACAACUCCGGGAGGGGCGAGACCCGGGACGACGAGAUCAGCGUCAUUUCGUCGGCACAGUCAAAGAGGCUGGGCCUGAACCACUUCCUGAGCUAUGACAAGAAACAAACGCAAAAGGGGCAAUGGCACUCGGACAUCACGUUUGAGCCGGUGCCAAGCGAUUACUCUCUGCUGCGCCUCACGGAACUGCCAAAGACUGGAGGAGACACCCUCUGGGCCUCGGGCUACGAGUUAUACGACCGGGUAUCGAAGCCGCUGCAGGGUUUCCUCGAAACCCUGACGGCGACGUACGCACAGCCGGGCUUCAACGCGACGGCGAAGAAGAACGGGUUCUCGCUCUUCAGGGAGGCCCGCGGCGCGCCCGAGAACGUCGGCGAGCUCCUCGAGGCCGUCCACCCCGUCAUCCGCACCAACCCGGUGACUGGGUGGAAGAGCAUAUUCGCCGUGGGCCAGCACGUGUCCAGGAUCAACGGGCUGUCGGAGGACGAAUCGAGGCACUUCCUCGACUGGUUCGUACAGCUGAUCGUCGAGAACCACGACCUGCAGGUGCGGAACCGCUGGCAGAACGUGAACGACAUCGCCAUCUGGGACAACCGCUCAGUGUACCAUGCAGCGACGCCGGACUACCUGAACGAGGACCUGGGCGAGAGGAAAGGGUCGCGCGCGGUGAGCAUCGGGGAGAGACCAUACUUUGACCCCCAGAGCCGGAGCAGACGGGAGGCCUUGCGGGCCGAGGCCAUUGCCAGCCUGAAGUCAGGCUCGAGCUGA